AUGGAUGCAUCUGACAGCGAAAGGACUGUUUACGGCCUUCAUGACAACCAACAAGAAGCACAGAAGCGACUCACCGUGUCCUUUCAAGAUGUCGGCAUAGAUGUACACGGCCUGGGCGAGGACUUCGCCUCGACAUGCACGUCCGUCAUCACCGACUGGAUUUCCUUCAAGGCGCACACCUCCAAGCGGUCUAUUCUCCAGGGAAUCUCGGGUCAAGUUCGUCCAGGCGAGAUGCUCCUUGUCCUUGGAAGGCCGGGCUCCGGUUGCACGUCGCUACUCAAGGUUAUCGCUAAUCAUGUCCAUGAGUUCCCUGCGGUCAGAGGUCAGGUUCGCUACGGCAACAUGGGUCCGCACCAAGCAAAGGAGUUUCGGCAACACAUUGUCAUGAACACUGAAGGUUUAAAGAAAUAA